AUUACUUUUUCAACUUCUAAGUUCCAGUUUCGUUACUGAUAACUUCUAAACUUAAUCGCUUCUGUCAAGUAGGAAGUAAUGAAGUUGGAAUAUAUAAGGAAGAAGUUGGAAGGUUGAAGUCAUAGAGUUCGAAGUGAGAAGUAUUGGAGUUAGAAUAAAGUAAUUAAGGAAGUUAGAAGUCAUAAGUAUUGAAGUUAGAAAUCCUUGGGCUUCUAUAAUAAUGAGAUGGAUUUGCUCGAGGAAAAAGAUGGCUUGUCUAAAAUUGCAGAGUCUUGCCUUGAGGAGAACACCUUAGUUGUAAAUCCCGACCAUGAUUUUACAACAAAAUCAUGGAAAGAAGAUUUCUGUUUCAUUGUGGAGGAAAAAAGACUGUACGUUGCAAAAGUUGUUUUAGCACUUGCAUCGCCCGUAUUUGAAAGACUGUUUCAAGCGGAUUUCAAGGAAAAAGAUGAGACCGAAAUAGAACUACCUGGAAAGAAAUUUGAAGAUGUAAGUGAGUUUCUAAACUGCAUUUAUCCGAGCGUCAUGAAAGCUGUUACUAUUAAAAACGCGUAUCAGAUCGUUGCUUUGGCGGAAGAGUAUCAAGUGGUCGCUCUAAAAGCUAAGUGCGAGGCAUGUUUCAAAAGCAGUAUCAAUACAACCACAACCGCAGAAGUUCUCUACAGAUUAAUUGAUUUAGCCUGUCUUUAUUCUCUGGAUAAAUUAUUUCACAAGUGCACUACACUGGCAGCGGACAAGUCUUUAGCAGAUCUUGACGAAGCAGAGAACCAAACUCCAAUUCCUCCUAAGGCAAAAAGUGUUAUUCAGCGAGAAAUAAUAAAUAAGAUGGAAGCGACGCAGGGAGAAACAAAUCAGAAGAUUGACAACCUGAAAACAGAACUGCAACGGAUGACAGCAUUAUAUAAUUGUCACCGUAUUGGAACAACGAAAAAGGAACGGUUAAGUCUGAAUGAUUAUCAAAACUGGAGCGGAGCGAGCGUGUUUUCAAAGAUUGAUACGAACAAAUAUCGACCAUAUUUGAGUAGAACUACACACGUGUGCAUGUUAAAAAUAUGUGGCACACAAAUUACAUUAGAAUUCAAAUUCGCAAAUGGACAAUUUCUACUCGAAAUCAGUGUCCCUGAAACUGAUGUUAAAAGCUCAAAAAUCGAGUUCGUAGGCAAAGUUGCAGUCGUCAACGGACUUAAAGGGAAGGAAGAUUUUUGGAAAAUACUGAGCACGGAGCUUUACAAAUAUGCGAAGUCGCGGAACGUGACAAUCUUGAAAGAAGACACUGUACUCGGUGAGGAAGGUUACAUGUACCACGGUGAAAUUGGUGUUGAAGUUCAUCUGCUUGUGUUGAAAACGGAUACGAAGUGAAUGCUUACAAACAAACCGAUUUUAUCGUACCAGUACAUUUGCACGUAGAAAACCAGUAUUGUUAUUAUUAUAUACAAGAAAACUGUCGUACGGAGCAGUGUUUACAAUGUAAAAAAUCACUGAUUUAAAUAAUUAUCAAACAUGUCUUAAAUUUCUUUGGUAAUGUACAAUCUUUUGGUAAUGUACAAUCUGAACAAGUUAAGAGAAGGUAGCUAAAGGAAUAAUAUGUCAUUUCAGUGUACCAAUGUUCUUUUCUAUAAAGCUAUAUAUUUUUACCUCGA